GCGAAAGAAUUCCGACCGAUUGCCGAGCUGAUGGAACUUCGGCGCCAGUGGCGCGUGACACUACCGGACAACGUGGAAACGUGGCCAGUGUAUGUGAAGCCCUCCCGGCAAGCCGAGGGUGCCGAGUCGCUGCAGGCCCAGUGGGGGUUCGAGGAACUGGCCACGCAGCAAGAUGCGAGCGGAACUACUUGGAUUCGGCACACCGGUGGCUGGUCCCCAGUCUGGCUGGAGGCUUUGGGCCGGCUGUGCACAGGCCUUACACCACUGCCCUCCACCAUCGAUGCCUUGGAGAAGCGUGGCGAUGCAAACGGCUUCAAGUUCUUCCGCUUUGUGGUGACGAAGGUGCGGGGUGGUGACACAGUAAAUGGCGUAUCCCUUGGCCAGCUGCUGCUGCGGCGAGAGGGCGUGGAGCUGGAUCUCGCAGAUGCCACGGCCGAGAAUCCCGACGGCCAGUUCGCAGACAACGAGGGCCCAGGCAAUGCCAUCGACGGGCGGACGAGCACCCGGUGGCACAGCUCGGUCUUGAGCCCCUUGCUCAUCAAGCUACCCAAGCCGGUGCUCAUCGACAGCUUCAGCUUCCGCACGGGGCCCAGCGACGAGCAGCUAGAUCCCGUGGAGUGGCGCCUCGAGGCGUCGAAUGACCAGAACACCUGGAAGAGCUUGCACAGCCAGGCAUGCAAGCAGAGCAUGCCGCGAGCCCUGGUUGCGGUCCUGCUUCUGGUUACUGGCGGCGCACAGAGGCUGAAGGAGUACAACCUUUGGGUAUGUCCGCACUGCGAAAGAGGGGUGAAGGUUGCUGACGUGACCGACCUCAGCUGCGAGGUGUCCUCCACCGUGGCCCCCUCCGGCCAUGAGUGGCCCUGGGUGAAGAAGGCCUUGCGGAACUUCCUGCGCAGCUUCCAUCUGCCACCCGAGAAGCGCGCACAGCACGAGGUUGACGAGCUGAUCAAGCUGGCAUCGGCCCCACUGCAGGGUGAAUGCUACCUGGGCAUCGUGGCCCUUGGGUUCUUCGUCUUCCACUUCAUGGAUCCCGCGGAGAGGCAGAAUUUGAUCCGAACGUCGGUGUUUGGCGGCGUCACGUUCCAGAAAGCGGUGCCCUUGUCGUACUGGGACGUGUAUGCUUCCGGAUGGCCUAUCUUCGGACUGCUGGCCACGGCGGCUGAAACCGUUCAGCACGAUCUGCAGACAUCCCGGACGCCUGCCUCGCAGCCGGAUCUGGGAAUGACAGGAAUCGAUCUCGGCAAACGCGACUGCUGUGACUUCCCUGGUGGCUCGGCGGCUGUGGAAGACCAGCGCUUCUUGGUGGCUCUGGGCCAGAGCCUACAAGGCACGGCGUGGCUGGCCAGCGAUCCUACGUCGCCGGCGCUGCCCCUGCGCUCCUCUCUGCAGUACCUGUCCCAGACGGCCUACCGACGCUGCUCUUGGGGCCGUGCAGCAGCCUACUUCGCAGCUGCGGAGAGUCUUUUGGUCACCAGCUCCCAGCUCUCUCAGGCUGUGUGGAACUCCACGAAGGCCCUCGUAGCCUUGGGGGAGCACAAUCUGGAUGGCUGUGAGUCGAACAUGACGGUCUACCACCAGAUGCAGUCAAUUUGGCCCUUUUGGCAGAUCUUGGGCCGCUUGGAAGCCCGAGCGUUGUCCGUGGAGGCACCAGCAAGCAGCUCAUCCCCCCCUCUGCUCCCACCUCCGGCACUUCCCGAAGCUGUUGGCUUAAAGUGGCAGCGGCUCUUGGGAUCGAGGGGCCUAAAGGUCGACGAGCAACCUCUGCCCAAGAAGGAGGCGACGUUGGCCUGCCUCAGCGACAGCGACGGCUUCGCUCAUGUGGCGCUGUCUGCAGACCUCGCACAGAUUGACGGUCUCAUCGUGACCUUGCAGAGCGCCGUAACAUCCGCUGCCAACGCCUCGAGCCUAUGCUUCCAUGCCUUCGUCCUCCCCCACCAGAAAGACUUUGUCAUCGAGGGCCUUCGGUGCGCCUUUGCGGAGACUUUGCUGGAGGAUGGCACCGGCCGAGGUCUCUCCUGGCCCAUCCUGGGGACUUUUCGGCUCCAGGGCCGGGCACAGCUCAUCCUGCACGGUCUGGAUUCGGACCACAUCUGGGCCGAGGUUGGCAUGAACUCCACCUCCAGGCCUGCGAAUCACUCGGCCUCUGCCAUCAUGCUGGGUGAGACAGACCUCAGCAACUCACUUCGCUCCGACACCGGGAACCUGGGAGCGGUGCACAACUUCGCGCGCUUCUCGCUCCACACCCUGCUUCCAGGACUGUCGCGAGUGGUGUAUCUGGACGUGGAUGUCGUGGUCAAGGGAGACCUCGCCGAGCUCUACAACGUGAACAUGAGCACAGUGAACGGUGCUCCGGGCACGGUGGCAGCUGUCCAGCGAAGCAACCAGCCUCUGCGGACUUAUGUCGACGUUCUGCAGCCAGCCGUUCCCAGCUGGCUGCCCAGUGAAGCGCCCUCCUUCAAUGCGGGUGUUAUGGUCAUCGACCUUGCGCGCUGGAGGCAGCGCCACGCGUCGCGCCUGGUGGCGGAGUGGAUCGAACUGAACUCCCGCAGGCGCCUGUGGCUGCACGGAUCUCAGCCGCCCCUCCUACUGCUCUUCCAUGACGAGGUGGUGUCUCUGCACUGGUCCUGGAAUGUGGACGGGCUGGGGCAUCGCCUGAACUACCCGAAACACGUGCUGGCAGAGGCAAAGGUGCUUCACUGGACCGGGCCUUUGAAGCCUUGGCGCCAUCACGGCGUGAACCGCAAGCUCUGGGAGCCCCACACCCGCGAGUACUGCCCGAAGUAUUCCAACCGGGAGCAUACGACGACUUGCAGGCAUCCGGGCAUCAAGAUCUUCACCACGGACUCUUUCGAGGAGCUGCUGGAGGCGAACCCCUGCGUCUUCCUGGCGCUCUCUGCCGACUGGUGCGGCGCUUGCCAGCGGAUGAAACCUGCUUGGUUUGCCUUGGCAAAGCUGCUGAAGUCCUCCACGGAGGUCACCGUGGGGGUCAUGAACAUCGACGAGAACGACGUGGACAAGAAGUAUUUCCCAGAGAGGCACAUCCCGGUGAUCAAGCUCCUGGUCAAGAAGCCGCCGGAAGACGACGGCCUGGAUCACUCGAACGACAAGCCGGUAGUGAUCUCCUACGAAGGGGGCCACGACAUCGCCAGCUGGCUCCAAUUCCUCGGGGAGCACACCGAGCUGAAGCUGCAGGAUGUCCUGGACCA